AUGUCGCCGUCUGCCUCGAUCCUGGGCGCGGCAGCGAACCAUGCCAGCCCGCAGCCGGCAUACUCGUCCUUCAUAUCCUCCGCUCAAUCUGCCGAUACCAUCUCGCCCAAGUCCCCAAACAGUUUCCCUGAGGACACGAAGAAGAUCUCACCCGGUCGCCAGGGCUCCAUGGACGUGACUACCUUCUCGGAGGCCCACUCCCCGGGUUUGGGCACGCGAAAUGACAGCCCCUCCUCCUCGCCACUGGGUGAUACCAUUGUCAGAGGGGCGGACAAGAAAUCCAAGCUCCUGGGUGCCGGCUCAGAGGUUGGCCCUGCUAGGCCGCAUGUGGUUGCCAUUCCCGCGUCCAAAGAUCGUCACCUGCACUCCUCCCUCCUCGAGGACACCGGAAAGAAAACCCACUGA